AGCAGCAGCCUCCAGAGGAGCCCAGCUGCAUCUGGCUGAAGGACCAAGAGCACUGGCCAAGGAGCCACACCUCCUCCGCAGCAGAGGACUAGCCGCCACCAUCAAGACCCGAAGCCCCAGCAGCAGCGGGAGCAAACUGCCAGUCACAAGGCACCCUGAGAACUGCAGCCCCCUGGAAGGGAAAGGACAUCUCUUGGAGGGUGGUGCCGGUGGGUUCCAAGAUUCUCACAGGAUGCAGAUGUCUCCUGUCUUCGCCUGCCUUGCGCUGGGCCUGGCCCUCAUCUUUGGUGAAGGGUCUGCCACCUACCAUUACCAGGCUCCGGCGGCCCACCUCGCCACAGACUUUGGAGUGAAAGUGUUUCAGCAGGUGGUGCAGGCCUCCAAGGACCUCAACGUGGUUUUCUCACCCUAUGGGGUAGCCUCAGUCAUGGCCAUGUUACAGCUGACCACGGGAGGAGAAACCCAGCGGCAGAUCCAAGAGGCAAUGCAAUUCAAGAUUGAUGAGAAGGGCAUGGCCCCUGCCCUCCAUCAACUGUACAAGGAGCUCAUGGGGCCAUGGAAUAAGGAUGAGAUCAGCACGGCUGAUGCCGUCUUUGUGCAGCGGGAUCUGAAGCUGGUCCAGGGUUUCAUGCCCCACUUCUUCAGGCUGUUCCGGACCACAGUCAAGCAAGUGGACUUCUCAGAGAUCGAGAGAGCCAGGUUCAUCGUCAACGACUGGGUGAAAAGACACACGAAAGGCAUGAUCAGCGACUUACUUGGCGAAGGGGCUGUGGACCAGCUGACGCGCCUGGUGCUGGUAAACGCCCUCUACUUCAACGGCCGGUGGAAGAUGCCUUUUCUAGAGUCGAGCACCCACCACCGCCUCUUCCACAAGUCCGAUGGCAGCACCGUCUCCGUACCCAUGAUGGCUCAGACCAACAAGUUCAACUACACUGAGUUCACCACCCCCGACGGCCAUUACUACGACAUCCUGGAGUUGCCCUACCAUGGGAACACCCUCAGCAUGUUCAUCGCUGCCCCCUAUGAAAAAGAGGUGCCUCUGUCUGCCCUCACCAGCAUUCUGGAUGCCCAGCUCAUCAGCCAGUGGAGAGGGAACAUGACCAGACUGACCCGCCUCCUGGUUCUGCCCAAGUUCUCCCUGGAGAGUGAAGUUGACCUCAGGGGGCCCCUGGAGAACUUGGGAAUGACCGACAUGUUUAGGCCAGACCAGGCGGACUUCUCAAGACUUUCAGAUCAAGAGCUUCUGUACGUGUCGCAGGCGCUGCAGAAAGUGAAGAUUGAGGUGAAUGAGAGCGGCACGGUAGCGUCCUCCUCCACAGCCCUUAUACUCUCAGCCCGAAUGGCCCCCGAGGAGAUCAUCAUGGACAGACCCUUCCUCUUCGUGGUGAGACACAACCCCACAGGAUCUGUCCUUUUCAUGGGUCAAGUGAUGGAACCCUGACCAUGGGAAAAGCAGCCCUCGUCUGGGACAGAACUGCAGGUGUCCAAGAAGAGAAACUCUGGAGCCAAGAAGUGUUAUUUUAAUUCAUUUUUCUGGAGAAAGAGAAGAUAUUUACCUUUU